AUGAGGUCACUACACGUCCAGGGUGAUGAGACUUCGAAUCCAGAACAAAGGUUGGCCCGCGACUCACCCUGUGAAAACCCCUACAACCUUUCCCUUUGGGACGAAUACGUGCCGUAUACUCUUACGGUCGGUGAAGGACAAUACCUGAUUGCACUCGAUUACGGCGGUAGAAGCCUCGUCAGAGAGAAUAUAUCGGCCCUGGAGAUAGGGGCGGGACCAAAGCAUUCACAGCCCACAUAG